CAAAACCCCCGACCCUCCAUUGAGAGGAGGAGCACUUUAGGAGCAACACUUUUGGGAAUAAACCCGGAGAAAUAUCCGCGAGUUUUGCAGAACAUUUCACCUCCGUGCGUAAAAGCGCGCAACCCCUGCAUUCAAACACACACACACACACAUGCACACACACACUGUUCGCUGCACUUCAGAGGAGCCAGGAGAGGCUGAACACACUUACACACACAUUUACACACACACUUACACACACCGCCUGUUUCGUCGUACCUUCACGUGCGUCAUCACUUUACGCUUCACUCCGCAUCCUGACCUCCGGAGAGCCACACCGCGCUGAGCAGUGAUCAGAAGAUGAAGAUGAUUCCUGUGCUGAUCUGUGCGCUCCUCUCUCUGACUGUCGCCGAGAGCGACUUAGACAAACUGUACCCCGAACUGGAGCACUCCAGAACCAUCUAUGUCACAGAAAACGGGCCUCAGCUGUCGGUGGCGGCAGAACAAAUGAAGGUGGUUUCGCGGCGCGGAGGAAACGCUACGUUACCGUGCAAGAUCCAAAUGGACCAAUCAAUGACGCCCAGCCGCAAGAUGAGGAUCAAAUGGACCAAGAUGACGUCUGACUACCUGAAAGAGGUGGAUGUUUUCGUGGCCAUGGAUUACCACAAGAGGAGUUACGGGAGUUUCCACGGUCGCGUCCACCUGCAGAGCUCGUCCCCGAUGGACGCCUCUCUGGUCAUCACCGAGAUCACCCUGGAGGAUUAUGGGAGAUAUAAAUGUGAAGUGAUCGACGGGCUGGAGGACGGGACCGUGGUGGUGUCUCUGGAUCUGGAAGGUGUCGUCUUCCCGUACUACCCUCGCCUCGGCCGCUACAACCUGAACUUCUACGACGCUGAGCGGGCGUGCCGGGAUCAGGACGCCGUGGUGGCUUCGUUCGAUCAGCUGUACGACGCGUGGCGAGGGAAACUGGACUGGUGCAACGCCGGGUGGCUGAGCGACGGCUCGGUUCAGUAUCCCAUCACCAACCCUCGUGAACCCUGCGGUGGAAAGAACAUGGCGCCGGGCGUCCGAAACUACGGCCUGAGAGACAAAGACAAGAACCACUAUGACGUGUUCUGCUUCACCUCCCACUACAAAGGGCGGUUCUACUACCUGAUCCACCCGUCUAAACUGACCUACGACGAGGCGGUCCAAGCGUGUCAGAAAGACGACGCUCAGAUCGCCAAAGUGGGCCAGAUGUACGCCGCCUGGAAGCUUCUGGGUUUCGACCGCUGUGAUGCGGGAUGGCUUGCUGACGGCAGCGUUCGAUACCCGAUCUCUAACCCCCGGCGCCGCUGCAGCCCAACGGAGGCCGCCGUACGAUUCAGCGGCUUCCCAGACAAAAAGCACAAGCUGUACGGAGUGUACUGCUUCAAGGGCCAAAACUGAGCUGCAAACACACACGCACACACACAACACACACACACACACACACACACACAC